AUGCCCGAUCAACCGAGAUGGCAGCCGUGGGUCAAGUAUCGCGGGCUGAACAGGAUAUUCAAGAAAGAGAUUGAAGAUUUCUACUUCGAGCACUGGAUCAAGCGUUCAGAGCUCUGGGUGAAAUGCGAGCAAGAGCUUCCGCCGGAUGUCCCUGGAUUGUAUGAUGUGGAUUUGCAUGAGUGUUAUAUUUUCUCUGGCUUUCGUGAUUCCGAAAAGCGCAUCGCUGUUUUCGAGGGUCAAAGAUUAAAAUGGACAGAUCCGCGAGAUCGUGAGAUAUUAAUUCUGAUUGAGAAAAUGUUGAACGAAUUCGAUGAGCAAGGAUAUCAUCCUUACAUCACCUUUGAGAUUGAAAAAGGAGUGACCGAUUUAAUUCCCAUCGACCUUCGUUUGCGGCAUACCAUCAGAAGUAGUUAUUUUACCUUUGACUGGCGAACUUAUCUCUGCACUCUGCUUUGGGAGCUGCGCCACGUUGAUGAGUAUGAAUUGCUCUCCGGGGUAUGGUAUUCUUACAUCUUCCUCCAGUUGUUGUUUCAAUGCUCAUCAGGACAGUGCAAAUCCCAACCCCGACUGGCAGUAGAAUUGAGAUGGAAGACCAAAUACGGCCAAAUGAAGCCUAUGGAAGCAAUGCUACAUCUGGUGCGAGCAGCAGGAACCGAGCUUGUUGGCCGUGAUGGUCGACUGCUCGAAAUCCGCAGGUGUCGACGGCACCGCUUAGGACUCAAAACUGGCAAAUUGCGGCCUCGACCUCUUGCCCAUGAUACAAGUGUGCUUGAACGUCGCUUUGCACAGGUCGAUGAGGAACUCGUGUCAGAGACGCUACUGGACUCUGCAAUGAUGUCGGAUGUACAGAUAGAGUGGUAG